CCAUCCAGCCCAGUUCCGCUUCCGGUUGGACGGAUUCUGUGCUCCAAAAAGUGGUUGCUGCGGUGGUCACGAUGGGGAAGUCAGAUUUUCUUACCCCCAAAGCCAUCGCCAACCGGAUCAAAUCCAAAGGACUUCAGAAGCUGCGUUGGUAUUGCCAAAUGUGCCAGAAGCAGUGCCGGGACGAGAAUGGCUUCAAGUGUCAUUGUAUGUCUGAAUCUCAUCAGAGACAGCUAUUACUUGCUUCCGAAAAUCCUCAGCAGUUUAUGGAUUAUUUUUCAGAGGAAUUCCGAAAUGACUUUCUAGAACUUCUCAGAAGACGCUUUGGCACUAAGAGAGUCCACAACAACAUUGUCUACAAUGAAUACAUCAGCCACAGAGAGCACAUCCACAUGAAUGCCACUCAGUGGGAAACACUGACUGAUUUUACCAAGUGGCUGGGCAGAGAAGGCUUGUGCAAAGUGGAUGAGACACCAAAAGGCUGGUAUAUUCAGUAUAUAGAUAGAGACCCCGAAACUAUCCGCCGCCAACUGGAACUAGAGAAAAAGAAGAAGCAAGACCUCGAUGAUGAGGAAAAAACUGCCAAAUUUAUUGAAGAACAAGUGAGAAGAGGUCUAGAAGGAAAAGAACAGGAGGUCCCUGUUUUUACAGAAUUAAGCAGAGAAAAUGAUGAAGAGAAAGUCACAUUUAACCUGAAUAAAGGAGCAUGUAGCUCAGCAGGAGCAACAUCUUCCAAAUCAGGUUCUUUAGGACCAAGUGCACUCAAGACACUAGGGAGUACAGCUUCAGUGAAACGAAAAGAAUCUUCCCAGAGCUCAGCUCAAUCUAAAGAAAAGAAGAAGAAGAAAUCUGCACUCGAUGAAAUCAUGGAGAUUGAAGAGGAAAAGAAACGAACAGCCCGAACAGAUUACUGGCUACAGCCUGAAAUCAUUGUGAAAAUUAUAACCAAAAAACUUGGAGAGAAGUAUCACAAGAAAAAGGGUAUCGUUAAGGAAGUAAUUGACAAAUAUACAGCUGUUGUAAAGAUGAUUGAUUCUGGAGACAAGCUGAAACUUGACCAGACUCAUUUAGAGACAGUAAUUCCAGCACCAGGGAAAAGAAUUCUGGUUUUAAAUGGAGGGUACAGAGGAAAUGAAGGUACCCUAGAAUCCAUCAAUGAGAAAACAUUCUCAGCUACAAUAGUCAUUGAAACUGGCCCUUUAAAAGGACGAAGAGUUGAAGGAAUUCAAUAUGAAGACAUUUCUAAACUUGCCUGAGUUUGAAAAUUUGUUAACAAUACAUUAAAAUUCUAAAGCAUCAAAUUGGUGUUUGCCAAGGCAUUAUGAGACUCUACUGUGUUAGGGUAUUUCUUUUAUAUAAAACAAAUGGAUUUAUUUAAAUAUUACUGUAUAGUUGUUGUGAAACUUAUAGAAAAAUCUAAUUAUGUCUACUGAAGUAUCAAGACUAUGUAAUUUUUCCUUGUUUUUUCUUUUUUUGUAAUAUUUCCUUGAUUUUUUAUUUUCAUUAAAGAACGUUAUUGGAGAGUGUUUUAUAUUGGAUAAUUUAGAAUCAUAUAAUCAGAGAAAAUCUUUCAUGUACUCUAAAUUUAUAUUUUCCAUAGUAGAAUAGUAAAAUUGAACUCUAAGUAUACAUUUUAAAAAGCAAAGCUACAAAUAUAAUAGUAGCUUUAUUGUGAUAUAAUUUACACAUUUAAAAUGUACAGUUCAAUGGUUUCCUAUAUUUAUAGAGUUGUGCAACCAUUUCCAUAUCUAAUUUUUUUAGGAUAUUUUUAUCACCUUGGAAGGAAAGCCUGUACACAAUCUUUACUCCUCCCAGUCACUUCCAGUUUCUGGGAGCCAUUAAUCUACUUUCUGUCUUUAUGGAUUUGCCUAGUCUAGACGUUUUAAAUAAAUGGAGUAACCUAACAUGUGGUCUUUUAA